ACGGGUAAUUCAUUUGAAAAGCAAGCAUUAUGAGCAAAUAUGUAAUGUGGGCUGGCCUUAUCAUACAAGUGUAAAUUACUUGAGGGUGUAUGUUUGUGAAUAAUGAAGGUGGCAUUGGUUGACAUAAGAGUGUUGGAGUAGCAAGGAUAAUUUAACUAAAGACUUAAAACUACUUGAUUCAUUGUGGGCUUACUAACAAUAGAACCCUACAUCUACUGUUAAUAGAUAUAUGUUCAUGAUUCGGUGGUAUACUAUGUCAAAACAGAUGCUGUUUAUAACACUAUCUCUGGUAUUACUGAUCUCAAUGGAGACAAAAUCAUCAAUAUGGUCUGAUCUACAUCUACCAACUGAACAUAUACCUUUUUUCUUUAACAACAACCCAGAUAUUAAACAGCUAUGUAAAGAAGACAAAUCAUGUCCUUAUAGGAAGAUAGCAGAUGUGAAGAAAUGCUGGGGAUAUGAGUCAGGGUGUCCUCAGAGUGAGAGAAUGAAGUCACCUAUAUGUGAUGGUGAUGGCAGAGGCUGGGUCAAAGACAAAGCUGCUCAAAUACAGAAGUUUUGGACGGAUGCUGAUUUUGGUUAUGUUCAGUUUUUUCAAAAGCAAUCAAGAAAAUUUUGUUCAUCUAAGGAAAAGGAUGGUGCUGUCCUAGAAUGUUCAGGUUUUUUAAGACACUGCAGAGCAAAAAAUAUUUUUUUAAAUUUCAAAAAUGCAGAUAUAGUAAAUUCCAGAAAUAGAUACAGAGAAGAUUUAUUUAAAGAAGGUGAUGUGGGAGGAUAUUGUGAUGUUUAUAUGAAUGCUCUAAAGGCUGAAGAUGGUCAUAAAAGUCCUCUACAAUCUUGGUUUGCAGAGUUAGGUGGAUAUACAUCUUUAUCACGAGAUCCUUUCAAAAACGAUGACUGUGAUAUAAAAAUAGAUAAACCAACAUACCUCAUUAAAUUAGAUGCAGGGGUGAACAUGUUUCAUCAUUUCUGUGAUUUUGUCAACUUAUAUGCUACAUUACAUUUAAACAAUACAUUUAGUACAGAUAUCAAUAUAGUUAUGUGGGACACAAGUGCAAUGUAUUACGGUGAUUUUUUUCAUGAUACCUGGAAAGCUUUUACCGAUAAUCCUAUUAUACAUCUAAAAGAUUACGAUGGCAAAAAGGUGUGUUUUAAAGAUGCCGUUUUCUCUUUAUUAGCUAGAAUGAGAUUUGGUUUAUAUUAUAAUAUGCCUUUAAUACCUGGUUGCCAUGGUAGUAGUUUAAUGAAAGCAUUUUCUGAUCAUGUUUUACACAGAAUGAAAAUAAAACAAAAAGGACCUCAUAAAGAUAAAAUUAGAAUAACAUUAUUAGAUAGAAAAAGUGCAUACAGAAACAUCAUGAAUCAAAAUGAGUUAGUAUCAGCCAUGAAGAUGGUGGGACAUUAUGAUGUACAGGUUGUAAUAUAUGACAGAAAUCUUCCGUUCCCGAAACAAAUGGAAAUAUCCCAUAAUUCUGAUAUAUUUAUUGGUAUGCAUGGUGCAGGUUUAACGCAUGUGUUAUUUCAACCUGAUUGGGCAGUAUUAUUUGAAUUACAUAAUUGUGAUGAUAAGAAUUGUUAUUAUGAUUUAGCCAGAUUACGAGGUGUUAAAUAUAUGACAUGGGAGAAAGAAGAUAAAGUACAACCAGAAGAUGAGGGACAUCAUCCAACUUUAGGAGCACACGCAAAGUUUACAAACUACGAGUUCAAUGUAGAAGAAUUCAUGAGAUUAAUCAAUAUAGCAGCAGACCAUGUCACUUACCAUCCACAAUUUCAGCAUGCUAGACGAAAUAAAUAUCAAAAUGUUAAAACUGAAUUAUAACAUUAUUCAAUUAUAGAUCAAAUACAAGUGCUAUUCAAGACAUUGUCAUACUAAUUUAUUUAUUAAAAGGGGUAGAUAUUACAAAGUAUCAAAUACUGUGGGAUAAUAUUAUUUUAAUAAAAGGUAUGCAAUAAUGAUUUUGUUAAAGAGUAAGAAACAAAAACGUAUGAAAUAUUUUGCAAUAAUCAUUUUAUUGUAAUGAUUGUUGUUAUUAUAUAACUUCAAAAAAAUAUGGCUGGUAGGUACAAAAUAAAGAUAGGAGAAUUAUUAUUUCUAUUAUUGUCUAAGACACAUAAAGAUGGUGGUGUGAAAUCGGUAGAAACCAAGUAGGAACUUUGAUUGGUCGUAACUUAAGUGAGAACUUAUAGAUUUUGAUACUUUGGACCAGACUGUUUUUAAUCUAGGAAAGACCUUAUAAAGGCUUUGCCUGUUGUUCAAUCCUUUUCAAAUGAAUAAAAUAUUGUUUAAACUAAUCUAGUAUGUAUAAUUGUUUAUUGACUUUUUCAUAAUAUUUAUUCUGGCUUGUUGUUUUAUGUUUAAGAAUUAUACAAGCAAGUAAUAUUUUUAGGGAUUUUAUUUUUAUUAAUGUUUUGCAAUUUAUAUUUGUGUUAUUAAGAUUUUAAAUCUUGUGUGUUUUAAGAAAAUAUACUGAGACGUAAUGAAAACACAUGACUGAUUUGACUGGAAGUGCUGGUAAGACAUAAUGCAGCUGAAAUGUUAAUUUUAACAUAAUUAUAGCUGGACAUUUACCGACACAAGAAACUCAGCAACAGUCUAAGUAGGCCAUAGCAACUACAAUCAACACUUAGUUGCAGCAUAGGAUCCGCAUUGGUCUACCGUAAGGCUGUCCAAAAAGCAGUCGAAAAGAGCGUAGUCGGCAACAUACAGUGUCAGCACUGAUGAAACCAGGUGGACCCCUCACAGUAGCAGCAGUGCGGGUAGCCGGCAGUGUGUAAUCUUACAGAACUAGAUGUUUCUGGAUAAAGCAGUUGUGUGUUCAGGUGUCAGGCAUAUGGCAUAUUGUUGUGUCGUCCACAGAACUAUACGAGUAGUACUGAUAGCGUUCAUUCAUUUGUUCCUGGAGUUUUACGACCACUUCCACCAAGGGUGAUAUCAUAGACAAGGAUACUAGCGUUUUAAAAGCCAUAUUUUGUACCCGAUGUCUACACCAUAAAUUGUGAUUUUAACAUACCCAUUCUUCCAAAUUCAAUUCUUCGUGUUGAGAGAAUUGAUCUGUAGCACAAUUGAGAUUCAUAAAAGUGCUGAAUUUUCAAUGCAUCUCAGUAUAAAGUGGGGGAUAUUUUUUUUUAUUUUUUUUUAUUUUUUAUUCAAUUCAACUUAUGUUAUUCAUUUGUCUUGUCAUUUAAUUUCAUAAUUUUUAUGUUUUAGUUCUUUCAUUUAUUCAUCAUAUAUCAAGAUAAAACAUUCAGUUGAUAUUACCCACGUCCAAAUAUUUUGUGAAUAAUCCACCCAUACUGAAUUGUUUAUUUAGAACUAGAUUCAAUUUUUAAACACUAAAAACUACUUAAUUUUUAAUGUUGCAUCCCCGUAUUUUGUCCCAAGUCUGUGAUCUAGUUGUUGUGACUAAUUCUGGGAGGUAUUUCACUGACAAAUUCCAUUACCCUACACCAGAAUAUUAGUAAAUAACAUUUUUAAUUUUUAAAUAUCUCUAUUGAAAUAAGUGGAAUGUAAAAACUCCAUUACUUUGAUUAUAUAGACACCUCUUAAAGUCUAAAGCCGAAAUACACAUUCGUAAAUAUUACCUGAAUGUGUAUUAGUAUUUUUGAAAUAUUUUAUUGUAAAACGUUGACCAUAUCUAAUCCAUCAGCUUUGUAUUUAAUCCUUUCUGUAAGUUUUAUUCUUAUAUAUUAUAUAACUCAAAACUUUUGAUUAGUCCCAUUUGUCCCACUUUUAUAUAACAUGAUGAUACAUCAUACUUUACCUAGGGUGGGGUUGUCCUUAUUUUUAUGUGACACAACCGCUUUGAUUUGCGAAUCCCCCCCACCACCACCAAAAUUGGGUGGUCGGGGGGGGGAUAUUUUUAUUGGAUUUAAUGAGUUGAUAAUUUGAAUAGAUUCACAUGUAAAUAUACAUUUUAUAUGCUAAAUAGAACAGAUAUACAUUUAUAAAUAGUGUAUGCUACAUUAAAUGUAUAUUUUAACUACUGAUCAAGUUGAGUAUAUUUGUUUAAACAAAUAAAAUAUUUACCAUAAUUCA